AUGUUCUUGAUGCGAUCCGAAUAUGACCGUGGUGUAAACACAUUUAAUCCACAAGGAAGACUUUUCCAGGUCGAGUAUGCGAUUGAAGCUAUCAAGCUCGGCUCUACAGCAGUCGGUAUUCAAACACCCGAUGGCGUUGUAUUAGCUGUUGAAAAACGUUUAACUUCAUCACUUUUGGAUCCAUCAUCAGUAGAAAAGAUUAUGGAAAUUGAUUCUCAUAUUGGUUGUGCCAUGUCUGGAUUAACGGCUGAUGCUCGUACAUUGGUGGAACAUGCCCGUGUAGAAACUCAACAUCAUCGUUUUACUUACAAUGAACCAAUGGGAGUAGAGUCGUGUACACAAGCUGUUUGUGAUCUUGCUCUUCGUUUUGGUGAAAAUGCCGAAGAUUCUGAUGAGGAAGAUUCGGGAAGUGCCAUGAGUAGACCUUUUGGUGUGGCCUUGCUCAUUGCAGGUGUGGAUGAAAAUGGACCAGCCUUGUAUCAUACAGAUCCUUCUGGUACUUUUACAAAAUAUGAAGCCAAAGCAAUCGGAGCUGGUUCGGAAGGAGCUCAAACAACACUUCAAGAAGAAUAUAACAAAUCCAUGUUCCUUACACAGGCUGAGGAUUUGGCCAUUUCUAUUUUGAAACAAGCCAUGGAGGAGAAAAUCAAUUCGACCAAUGUUGAAAUUGCAAGUAUUACAGUGCAAAAUCCAGUCUUUACCGUUUACUCGAAGGAGCAAUUGGAACAAAUUAUCAAUAGAGUUGCAAACAAGUAA